AUGGCGCUGCCCUUAUUCAGAUGGAGCUGUAGAAGGCCUGCGGGUCUGAGCGCUUAUCUAAGAUUUAACAAAGUAAUCGAAAUACGAAAUCACUCCGUUGUUAAAAACCAGGCGUCGCUGUCGUGUGUUGUGUCUGGGGUGCGGUACUGCAGUUCGGACAGAGAGGGACACAGACGGACGAGGAAGGUUGUGGUGGUCGGCAUCCCAAACCCGUUCAUCUGGAUCCGGACCAAAUUCUGUUUCUUCCUCAUUCGCGCUUAUUUCGACAAAGAUUUCUGUAUUGAUGAGUUUACUGACGGAGCCAAACAGGCAUUUGCACAUGUAUCCCAACUGUUGUCUCAGUGUCAGUUUAAAGAACUUGAAGGUCUAGUUGCUAAAGAUGUAAUAGGGAAACUGGAGGAGAAAUGUGCUGAUCUCCCGUUGAGCUAUAAAAAAGCACUCUCAGCUGAUCCAGAUGACAUCAUGUACACAACACCAGCAGAUGUUGGUUUUUGCUACGAGAAUGAUGGGAGGAAGUUUGUCAGUAUCUUGAUGCGUUUCUGGUACUUAACCAGUGCCCGGCUGCCAGAGGACACAAUGGAGGGAGCGCAAAUCUUCCAGGUGGCUUUUGGAAAAAAUGGGGAGAAGCCAGAGAGCAAAAGGCUGCUUACAGCCAAUUAUGAAUUUCAGAGGGAGUUCACACAAGGAGUGACACCAGACUGGACCAUCACUAGAAUAGAACACUCAAAGCUGCUUGAUUAAAUCACUGUACAAUGUAUCAUAUAGUAAUAUCAAUGAGCCGCGUUUGCUGUCUAGACAGUAAAAGAAUAUUCACCAAUAUUCACCAGACUUUCAUUGUUAAGAGAGUAUUAAGUUUAGUUUUAGUUCCUGUAAGUUUUUGUGUUAUUAUUUCACAUGUUCGUGUUUAAUAUUGAACCUGAAAAUUGCUCCAAUAUAAACUAGUUGUCAGUAUAUUGCAGAUUGUAGUUUGAAAGAAUUACUUUUGCAUUUCUAAAAUGAAUUUGUACCUUUUCUACUGACAGAUGUAAUUAAAUAAAUGUAAAUUUAACAAAGCAACCAAGAAAUAUUGUACACGCUUUAAGUUUAUUUGGUAAAUUUUGGAAUAUUGGAAAGAUACACUGCACGAAUAGGUUUGUGAACACCUACUUGGUGUGAAAAACAUAUGUGUUUCUUUCGGUAACAAAGUAGGAAUUGUACGGUAUGUCUCUGUAUUCUGUAGCUUUAUAGUUUCCCUUCAGUGGAAGCACAGUGUUCCAGCACGACAAUGCCCCUGUGCACAAAGCCCUGAGCUCGGACUCUGACGCAACCCCGCUAAACACCUCUGGGACGAACUGGAGCACCGACUGAACCCCAGACCUCCUCACACUUACAUCAGUGUCUGAUCCCACUAAUGCUCUUAUAGCUGAAUAAACACAAACGCCAACAUCUCCAACAUCUAAUGGAAAGAAUGGAGCUUAUUAUUCCAGCGAGGAGGAAUAAAUCUGGGAUGAGAUGUUUAACAUGGACAUAUGGGUGUCAGAGGUGUUAAAUUAUUUUAUUUUAAAUAUUAAAAAUUCAUCAGAUUUCUGA